GGCGGGCGAGGGGCGGGCUAACAGCGGCGGCAGGUGAGCGGGGAGGGACCUUAAAGCUCCGGGGCGGCGAGGCCGGGGCCGCCCGCUCCGCAGCCACCGGCGGAGCCACGUUGAUCGGCGUAACCCGGCCGCGGCGCCGGGAGCUGCCGGCGGGGUGAGCGCCCCUCAGCAGCGGGGCCGCUGAGGCAGCAGCUCUGUGUGAGCGCGUUAUGUGAAGUGCGUCCGACCGGCUGCGACACCAAGCAAAAUCAAGGUUCCUGCAAUUACAGGUCAGAGGAUUGAAACAAGACAAUGGAUUGGGGAGCUCUGCAUACCAUUUUGGGAGGUGUAAAUAAGCACUCCACCAGUAUCGGGAAGAUAUGGCUCACAGUCCUCUUCAUCUUCCGUAUCAUGAUUCUGGUUGUGGCUGCAGAGAGAGUCUGGGGAGAUGAACAAGAUGACUUUGUCUGCAACACGCUUCAGCCUGGCUGCAGAAAUGUUUGCUAUGAUCACUUUUUCCCCAUCUCUCACAUCAGACUCUGGGCCCUGCAGCUGAUCUUUGUCUCCACCCCUGCGCUGCUGGUGGCCAUGCAUGUGGCUUACAGGAGGCAUGAGAAGAAAAGGCAGUUCAGAAAAGGAGACCAGAAAUGUGAAUUCAAGGACAUUGAAGAAAUUAGGAAACAGAGGUUUCGUAUUGAGGGCUCCUUGUGGUGGACGUACACUGGCAGCAUCUUUUUCAGACUGGUCUUUGAAGCCGUCUUCAUGUACGCGUUUUAUUUCAUGUACGAUGGGUUCCGAAUGCCUCGCUUAAUGAAGUGUAAUGCCUGGCCCUGCCCCAACACUGUAGACUGCUUUGUUUCCCGACCUACUGAAAAGACCGUGUUCACUAUUUUCAUGAUUGCUGUGUCCAGCAUUUGCAUUCUUUUAAAUGUGGCUGAAUUAUGUUACUUACUGGCAAAGUUUUUCCUCAGAAGGUCUAAAAAUGCUGGAAAUUCAAAACAGCAGCCCAACAAUGAGAAUAAGGAAGAAACCAAACAAAAUGAAAUGAACGAGUUAAUAUCUGAUAGCUGCCAGAACACAGUUAUAGGGUUUACAAGUAGCUAAGGUGGUGCCAGUGCUGAUGUUCACUCUUUUUGGAGUGAAUGUUUUAUUUAAAGGCUGCAAAUGAAAUUUGUCGUAUGAAACAAAGUUGGGUGAGGUUUUGAUGCAUAGUGUCAGGUGUCGAGUAGGUACACGUCUGGAAAAAGUCAGGGCAGCCUAAACAUGUGAAAAUUGCGUGAGGGUUAAAUAGGAAGAUACACUUUCCUGUGAGUACCCUUACAAGCUGACUAUGACAAGUGGGAAGCCCACUGCUACCUUCAUGCUGACACAGCUCCUGAAAACUAAAUGCAACAGCAAUAAGAACAAAACUCUUUCCAAGCUAGGUAUUCUAGUAUUACAAGAUGUUUUGUAAUAGUGGUAGUUUUUACUUGUGAACUGAUGAUUAAAAUAUUUUUCUAAAAUCUAAGAUUCCAUGUUACUUAAGGUGUUAUAGUACACAACUGACUGUUUUAUUUCUUAACCAGGCAUAUGCAGAUGAACCCUGUAAUACCAUAUUCAUAGGGAGGCGACAGCAAUAGGCGACAUGCACCUUCACAGCUUUGCAAGUGCUGCUUGAGUCUGGGCAGGUAGCUUGAGAUGCCUGCAUACACACUGCUGGCUGUAGGGGAAUUGUAUGAAAGCCCACCAGUGUGUACGAUUGAGGUACCUAGAUUCUCAGUGCAAACUCCUGCCUGAAAACAGCACAAGAAUAUAGUUACAGCCUAUGUAGACUUGUUUAAACAGCUAGCAGACCUGGUAAUUGUACCAAUCUCUUAAUUGCAUACUGUCAGUUUUAUAGCAACUUACAUAAGUUUAUGUAGAUGUUUUUUUCUCUAAUGUAUUAGCUGUUUCUUUAUACUGUAUCACAUCAUGGAACUUUUUUUUUGGUUUUGAUUUGUUUGCUUUUUUGUAGUAGACUGAUGGUGCUGUUAUGAGACUAGAGUCUGUCUGGUUUCAAGGACGUGGAAAAGUAUUCCUGGAAAUGAAGCGAGUCUUCUGAAUAAAAGGCAAACACUUUAACCUUUCUUAGUGAAGUGAGAGUCUAUAUGUGAAUGCUAGGCAAUAUUUUAAGUAGGAACUUAAAAAAAAAAACUUUUUCAAGUAGAGACUCUACAUCUAAAGUGCACAUAACCCCUAGGCACCUCUGAUUCCCAUCCAGGGCACUGAGGCCCUAAUUCUGUUGUCCAUACUCUAAUGGAGAUACACAGGAAACUCUGAGUGCAUGGCAGUGUGUGGCUGUGGGAGAGGUGUGCUUGUGAAAGCUGGGGAACCUGAAAGUCAGAGGUAGGUGCAAUGCAAAACAGCUGUAUUGUCUUGUGUGCUUCCUGUUUUGGGCCACUUCUCACCACCAUGGAUACACUGACCUUGGUAGAACUAAGUUUUGGGGGUUGGUUUGUUUGUUGUCAUUUUACAAAUGGAUUGGCCUCACUAUUUUUCUAUAAUGGAACUACUCUUUAUCCUUAGGAGCAGAUAUUGCAGAG